AAAGUACCGAGUAAGAGUCGUUAGGCGAAAGGGGGGGGAAAAAGGGAAAUUAAAUCAAAACAUCAAAGACUCGAAAGAAAGGACAGAGAAGAGAAAAGAGUGUCUGUCAGCACGUAAAAUAAAUAAUAACUAGGAGAGAAAAAAAAAAAAAAAAAAAAAAAAAAAGGGACCGAGGUGGAAUCAGAAGGUGGGCCAGGUGGGACAGUAGCAUGAGUUCGUAUUUCGCGAAUUCGUACAUCCCUGACCUGCGUAAUGGCGGGGUGGAACACCCGCAUCAGCAUCAGCAGCACUACGGUGCGGCCGUCCAGGUGCCCCAGCAAACGCAGUCGGUGCAGCAACAGUCCCAGCAGGCCGGUGACCCGUGCGACCCGAGCCUCCUACGUCAGGGCGUUCCCGGCCACCAUUAUGGGGCGGCAGGCAGUCAACAAGAUAUGCCUUAUCCGAGGUUUCCGCCCUACAAUCGGAUGGACAUGCGUAACGCGACGUAUUAUCAGCACCAACAGGACCACGGGAGCAUGGACGGGAUGGGUGGUUACAGGUCGACGUCGCCCAGUCCCGGUAUGGGCCACAUGGGGCACACGCCGACCCCUAACGGGCAUCCGUCCACCCCGAUUGUAUACGCGAGUUGCAAGCUUCAGGCGGCCGCGGUCGAUCACCAGGGUAGCGUGCUCGAUGGACCGGACAGCCCGCCUUUGGUCGAGUCGCAGAUGCACCACCAAAUGCACACGCAACACCCCCACAUGCAGCCACAGCAGAGCCAGCACCAGUCGCAACAGCAGCAGCAUCUUCAGGCGCAGCAGCAGCACAUGAUGUACCAGCAGCAGCAGCAGACGCAGGCGGCCUCGCAGCAGUCGCAGCCUGGCAUGCACCCGCAACAGCAGCCGCAAGCUCAGCAACACCAAGGGGUGGUCACGUCGCCGCUUAGUCAGCAACAACAGGCCGCGCCUCAAGGCGCGGCCAGCGCCAACCUACCUAGCCCGCUAUACCCGUGGAUGAGAAGUCAAUUCGAGAGGAAACGAGGCCGGCAAACGUACACCCGAUACCAAACCCUCGAGCUCGAGAAGGAGUUCCACUACAACCGAUACCUGACCAGGCGGCGUCGCAUCGAGAUCGCGCACGCGCUCUGCCUUACCGAGCGGCAAAUCAAAAUCUGGUUUCAAAACAGACGGAUGAAAUGGAAGAAGGAGAACAAGUCGAAGGGUACACCUGGCUCGGGCGACGGGGACACCGAGAUCUCGCCGCAGACGUCGCCGCAGGGUUGAGAGAUCCCCGAGGAGUGGAACUUCCAAAGAGGUCUCAUCUCUCUCAGGGUCGUUAAUACCUUGUUUCCAGCACUACCUCCUCCCCCGUACACACAUACACAUGCAUAUACACACGUACACCUUCGAAAAGAAAGGGAAAAGGAAAAAAAAGAAAGAAGGAAAAAAAGAAAGAAGAAUCGAAAAAUCGCCCACACACACACACACACACAUACACGCCCAGCCAUACACAUAUACGUACACACCUACUCGCCCCUCCCCACUCAUACAGCAAUGACGCUUAUUUUCUGUCGUGUUAAUCAAGUUGCUCGUACCAAAAAUGGAAGAGGACAACGUCGUUAAAGGGAUAAAGAUAGAGAGAGAGAGAGAGAGAGAGAGUCGAGAGAAGAGAAAUUACCGCGAACCGACAGUGUGGAUGGAAGUGAAGACGUGAACAGGACGAUGACAAAGGGAUAAAGGAGCGAGAUUGCGCGCGCGAGACGAAACGAGGAAGGAUGUAUACGUGGAGUGAAUAGAAGGAAAGAGAGAGAGAGAGAGAGAGAGAGAGAGAGAAAGGUAACCGAACACACGAAAGAGUCGGAUGAAGAUUUAUAGGGACGUGCGAGAUCUUCUAAUAAUCACGGAAUGAAGAAAAGAAAAGGGAAUGGAUCGGAUAGGAGGAAAACUGGAUCACAUGCUAAUCAGAACCGCGUUAACCUCUGUUACAUUUAAUCGAAUGUAAUUGUACUAAAGCCUAUAAUUAUAAUAGAGAUAAUUUGGCAGAGAGAGAGAGAGAGAGAGAGAGAGAAUGUAUGGAAGGGCGCGAAUGGAGAAAAAGGAAUGGAGAGAAUGCGAGGGCGAGUGCGAGAAACAAACAUUAUACGUACUUUAAAAAACGCGAAUGAAUGUUAUAUAUAGCGAGAUUGUAAUUGGAUUCUUGUAAUUGUAUAGUAGUGUAUGGAUGAGUACUUUGAAAGCGUGUAAAGUGAUAUAUAUAUAUAAAGUAUAUAAAGUAUAUAUACAUAUAAAUAUAUAAAUAUAUAUACAAAUAUAUAUAUAAAGAAAAGUGGGAAUUUUACGCGUGAAUGUGACGUGAGCGUGUAUGCGAAGUGAAUAUAAUAUUAUGGAGAAAACGUUGUAUCGCGUGGAAAAAAUUAUCCUUUAGGUAAAAGCGUUUUAUUAUUUAUUCUCUUACACGUUGUACACGCGUAGAGUCCGUAGUGCGGUUAGAUCGUAAUCGGAAAUAUAAGAAAAGGAAAAAAAAUGGAAAAUCUAGCGGAAAAAGGACGGUCGUCCAAAAAAUCGUGUCUCUAGUUAUAUAGCGAGUAGAUGAUGAACGGUUUAGUGUUCUAUAGAGGAUCGUUUAGAUAGGUUUUUUUCUCUAUGAUAACCGCGGUGGCUCAGAGCGAGGGUUAUUUAAUUAAAUCGCGAACGUGCCAAGUGUGAUCUUCGAAUGUGUGUUUCUCCAGUGCCGGGAGGAUUCAAAAGAAAGAAGAGGGAAAGAAAAUGUUUUUCGCCAAGGAAGAGGAAAAUUGAUGAAAUCUCGAUGGAACGAACGGCUGCACACUUAACGUGGAGAAAUUAAUUGGAGAGAGGGACGAGGGAUGAAAAAUUAAAUUGCGAUUUCGAUUAUUAAUCGUGGAUUUCACCAGUGAAAUUUCAGUGUGUGUGCUUUAUGCAAUCGGUUAAAAUUCAAAGUGAUUUUUUGGUGAUCUGUCAAUACGCGCCAAUAGGGAGGAAAUCCGUUUCUUCUUCGGACAGUGUGCCGAUCGAAUGAAUGAAAAACAGUGCUGUUCUUAGGAGUAUGGGAGGCCUCCGACGGAGCAGAAUCGAAUCUACUUGACAUUUCUUCAUCAGUGUCGUCGCAAGGUCAGUUUAAAAAUUCUAUACUCUUUUUUUUUUUUUUUUCACAAUCAUGGAAUUUGUUCUUUCGAUUACUGUUUCUUUCGAAUGCUGUUUGAAGAACAUGUCAAAAUGGACUUUUAUUUAUUCUUGUCAACUAAAAUAUUACGGGUAAUAUUUUAAUAUAAUCGCUGUGUAUUAUAAUUGUGCAUUUGCAACCAAAAGUAUGGUCUACUAUUUGAAAGAAAGUGUUUCGCAAUAGUCAAAAGAUCCUCUUUUUGUCACAAUUUUAUCUUGUAUUAUUUUUUAUAUUUAAUAUGAUAGUAUUCUCAAUUUUACUUAAAAGAUUUAUUACUUAAAAGAUUUAUUACAAGAUAUUAUUCAGAAAAUUUUAAACUUUCUUGCAAACACUUUUCAUCAAUGCAGAUGACGCCAUAAAGUGAAAAUAUUUAAAAGAAUUGUUUCGCUAAUUCGUAUCGUUUAACUUCACUUACCACGUUCCCUUUGUAAAUAUUCGAACAAUGAAAGAGAGAGAAAAAAAAGAAAAAAAUCUACUUUGACGAGAGAAAUCCUCGAUAAAAUCAAAAUUCGGGGAAUCUUUGAGGGCGAGUGAUCAUUGAAAUUUUACCGCUGCUCCGUGAGAUACGAGGCCAAGUUACCAGUGAUGUAAUUCGUAGCAUAUUUUUGGAAUAGGAUGCUUUCGGCAUGAAACUGCUUGGCACCUUAACUUGCUCUCUAGAGAGUAGAGCCAUCGACAAAAGGCAUUAUUCUAGCUCUUCUUUAAUUCAAAAAGUUUAUUCUGAAAGAAGAAAAAGUAUUUAAAAAAAUAAACAAAAUUAAAAAUCCAUACCGUUCUCAUUAUUUUAUCAAAACUAUCAUUUCAUCUUGAAAUCAAACUCACUCGUAUCUUCAUAGGACAAAGAUCUAAAAUCAAUAUGGUUUUCUUAAAAUCAUCCCAAGUGAAAUAUAUCUGAUUAAAAUAACCUCGUUUCCAUUUUCAAUAUGCAAUCACUAGUCAUAUGUUUGGAAUACGUGUCAAUUAUAAUCACUGCUUCGUUUCUUAGUAGCUCGCAUAUUCGACAAAUUACACAGCGGUUCUGUUGUUCAUGGAUAUCCAUCGAACGCAUGUUAAGCGUGCCAGGCAGUGACCAAACGCACCAUCUAUCGGCCUGGUUGACAAAUUCAUUCGAGAAUCGAUGACAGGAUCGAUGACAUCGUUCUGUCGUCCAACCGGGCUGAAUACACGUCGGAGAACUUUGCCGCGGCGAAUUCUUGUGCUGUGUUGUAAAACUUAGAUUCGACAUUAAUUUAGUUUAUACCUUGUAUACACGCAAUUUAACGAUAUACGUAAUGAUUAAUUAAAUACGUAAUAAUGUAUAAACGAUGAAAAGACGAUAUUUAAACACAGCGAAUGAGAGAAAAAAGAAAAAAAAAAAAUAAAAAAAGAAAAGGAGGAAAAGAAAAAUAUAGAUGUACAUAGGAGGAAAUAAUCUAGGGAUCUCGCAAACCUCGUUUACAUGUAGAUAGCAUGGAUUCGAAGAAUGUUCCCGUAGGACACGAAUAAUGUCUCGCGAACUUUCUUUUGGACCGUUCUCGCGUUAACGAGGAAAAAAAAAACAAAGAAAAAACGAUCGUGAAAAAAAGGAAAAAAAAAAAAAAAUAAAUGGAAGAUAUAUGGAACUGAUAUACGUAAUACAAUGGUCCAGCUCGCGCACGCGCAUCGAUUGAGCACCGGCCGGCCUUUCUUUCUCGAGAGAUUUAUUUAUGUAUAACUUUUUGUCCUUGAGGAGCAACGAACUGUGAAAAACGGAAGAUAGUCGACGAUCGCUCGCUGUCUCUUCUUUUUUUUUUUUUCUUUUUUCGGAGGGAAGCGCCGAAACCCCGUACGUUUACGGUCAGGGGUCGUGAUUCUAAAUUGCUCGGGCAAAUUGGCGUCAAUUAAGCUCGAUAGCCCGUCGAGGGGCUUCGCGUCGCUGUCGGUAUGGGUUUUCGUGAAAGUUUCAAGGAAAGAGGAACACCGGCGAUAAAUAACGAAUCUUCGAUUUUCGUUCUGAUCUACUUACUUUGAAUUGUUUCCUUUCUUCUCUUUCUUUCUCUCAUUUUAUUGUUCAGCAAGUCGAGUCGGUAAGCGAUACAAGUUUUAGGUUAGGACAAGGUUAUCUUUUGCCUCGCCAGUUACAUCGAAAGUUACUUAAUAAAAAUAUAUGCACUUUCCUUAUCGCGAUCGUUAUUGAAAUGAAUUUUAAGAAAAAGUAUAGUAACACUUUCUUUUUCUGGUUAAUAUUUUCUUUGGUAAAUAUUCUCGAACAGCAUAUUCACACAACACACGAUACUCGACUAAUAUGUAAUAUUUUUGUUUCGUCGUUUCUCCGCCGGUGGUAGUAGCUCUGUCUGUCCGUUUAAUCGAGAUCGAUUUCGAUUAAUUCCGUUUUUGUCAUUCGAUCUAUUUUUUUUUUUUUUUUUUUUUUGGUUAUUUAUUUAUUUUUUCGAUCAUAUAUCACGAUGAUUAAUAAAUAUUUUGUUUCUUUCUUGUCCAAAAUUGAAGUAUCUUCUCUCGUAAUAUUGAUCGCAAUGUUCGCGAUAAAUCGAUUAGUCUUACAUCGAUUCGGAUGAUAUUUUUUUGCACGUUUUACGGUAGAUAAGUGAGACAUGUGUUAAUUUAGACUGCAUUAAUCAGUGAUACCGUCUAUGUAGGUCAGGCCUAAUGGCCGGCAUUGAAACUUAGGGUGCGGCUUUCGAGACAAAGGAAGUAUUUAUUGCCUUUGCGUCAUAGUAUCAACUGUUACGACAUAAUGGUCAAAGUGGAGGCAAAAUUUCACGCAUAAAUGCUUACAUGACAAACCGUUUUCCAGAAACUUUUCGCGGCCGCUAGAUUGGCAACAUUAAUCCUCGUUUGGAAUUGAUUGGCAAAAACACGUUUGCACAUUGUUGUAUCUCAAUUCAUAAUUGCAAUAUGCUCAUAGCAGAAAGUUAAAUCGAUCGAUCGGAAAUACGUAUCUUUUUUUUACGAUUCUUUGUUUAUUCAAGGUCCCAUUCGGCGCGUACAAAUGAGAAAAAUUUGUUUGGUAAAUUUAUUGGUAAAUUUAUCACCGGUAUUUCUCUCGCAAGCAAUCGUUCGUGACACGUGGAAAAAUUGACAGAAUUGUGCAAUAAUCAUGCGACGCUGCUUUACGUGAUAAAAACCAUAUGGUUCUCAAUGUUCCAUUUAUUUAUUUAAUCAACCGUCGUUUAGACAAAAUGCAAUUUUGGAAUCUGAGGGAAACAAAAAAAAAAAAAAAAAAAAAAAAGAAAAAAAAGAAA